AUGAGCGACGACCAAACGGACCCUACCACCACACCUACAAGGGGCCAGACAGACCACCUACUCAUCAAUCCGUUCGCGAAAUGGUCUCACGAUAAAAUGCUAAGACAUGCAGAAACUUUCAUCCAGAGGUCUGGCCUACGUGACUAUAGGGAACACCUUCGCAAGGGUGCCUCUUUGGCACAGUCGAGGAAGUUAUUUGACAACGGAGACUCCGGACACGGUGGCAUGAUCUUAGACGAUAAGGAACGCGAAGCGCUUAGAAAAGAGUACAGUGACAACCGGUGGGAUCAGUUCGAUCAGCCAAAGAGGUUGUACUUCCUGGUAGCCUGUUGCUCACUCGGUGCUGCGGUACAAGGAUGGGACCAGACUGCCGUCAAUGGAGCGCAGAUAUACUUUCAGGAACCCCUAGGCAUUGACAAAAACACUAAUUUACUUGGUCUUGUAAACGGCGCCCCGUACCUUUGUUGCGCGCUGGCUUGCUGUCUCAAUUACCCAUUGAACAGAUACCUCGACCGUCGUGGUGUAAUCUUCGCAACCUGUCUCAUAAGCUCGGUCACAUGCCUUCUACAAGCCUUUUCUCGAACGUGGUGGCACCUGUUCCUCGCGAGAUUUGCAUUAGGCUUCGGGAUCGGACCGAAGAGUGCUACGAUACCUAUCUACGCAGCUGAGGCUGCUCCAGAGAACAUCCGAGGCGCACUGGUGAUGAUGUGGCAAAUGUGGACUGCCUUUGGUAUCAUGUGUGGUUAUCUAUCUGGCGUCGCAUUCGCAAAGGUUGCUGGGGACCUCAAGUGGCGACUAAUGCUCGGCAGUCCGAUGGUACUACCCCUUCUCGUUGUUCUAUACAUAUACGCCUUACCGGAAUCCCCCCGAAUCUUGCUUGCCAAAGCGCAGAAGUCUGGAACAAACGCACAGGAAUUUUACGAAGAGGCCUUUCUGGCCCUCAAGAGUCUCCGCAAUUCCAAAGUUCAAGCAGCGCGUGACCUCAUUCUUAUAGACUAUCUACUAGAGGAGGAAACGAAGAUAAUGGAAAAACAGAGCCGGUUCUUCGAGCUUUUCACAGUUGACCGCUGCCGCCGUGCUUUGACGGCAUCUGUCAUCUGCAUGUUCUUACAACAGAUGUGCGGUGUCAACGUCACAGUCUACUACUCUUCAAAGAUCAUGAAGGAAAAUGCAAACUUGCCUGAUAGGAGAGCACUUUUGCUGUCUGCCGGCUUUGGUCUCAUCAACUUCCUGUUCGCGUUCCCAGCGGUAUGGACGAUCGAUACCUUCGGACGGCGAAAUCUUCUCCUCUUCACCUUCCCAUUCAUGGCGAUCUUCCAGUGCAUCAUGGUCAUAGCUGUGUCUCUACCGGAUGGUACCCCACGACGUGCGCUUGCCAUUGUGGGAAUGUACCUCUUUGGUAUUGCCUAUUCGCCGGGUGAGGGGCCUGUACCGUUCGUCUAUAGUGCCGAAUCCAUGCCGCUAUAUAACCGCGACUAUGGCAUGGGUAUCGUCACCGCCAUCAACUGGCUUUUCAACUUCAUCGUAUCCUUUACAUGGCCAAGCAUGAGUAACAGUGACAAGGGAUUCGGACCAUCAGGAGCUUUUGCUUGGUAUGCAGUGUGGUGUCUCAUCGGAUGGUGGCUAAUCCUGUUGUUCGUGCCAGAGACGAAGGAUUUAACAUUGGAAGAGCUGGACCAAGUCUUUGAGAAGCCGACAAAAGACUAUAUAAAGCAUGGGUUAGACCAACUCCGAUGGUUCAUCGGGUACCACGUUUUGAGAAAGAGGGGCAUGAAGAAUGGAAGACCGAUAUUCCUUCAGAAAGUCGAAACAAAGAAGCGACGUGACCCAAGGGGUGACUACCCCUAA